AGAGAGAGAGGGGUAGGAAGAUAGAGGGUGAACAACAGUUGAGUACUGCUUAUCUUUGAAGCACCUAGCGAAGUUCAUUAAGUACUAAAGGUCAGUCUCUAGGACAGUUUCGCCAGUUGUUCUCUCUCACACUGAGCAGUUUCGGAUCAUGACAGAAGCGGAGCUGUACACAGAAUACAAGGGGGUCUACCUCCCCACAAACAUACACCCUCAGGAGAGCCUGAAAUACUAUGAGGAGUUUACCUUCCGUCACGACGACAUUCUCAUUGUCACAUAUCCUAAGUCAGGUAAGUAGCUUCUAUUAAUAAACAACUAUAGACUAUUGGUAGACAAUUGCACAGACUGAGUUGAUAAUACAUGAACUGCUGCAACACACACUGUGAUAGUGAACACUAAAUAGUUUUCAAGCCUACUGUUGCCUUUAUUUCUAGGCACAUGCCUGAGUGACUGCACAUCACAAAGAGGUCUGUCUGUACAUGUAGACUUAAGCUAUGAUACUGUCGCAAUCCUACCCUCAGUAUAUACAGUGCAUUCGGAAAGUAUUCAGACCGCUUGAGGGGAGGCACUCGGAGCGGCCUGCUGGUUCAACUUAGGAGGCACGCACACCACCCACCUUUGGAUAACAAAGUUGACGAGCUCAGGGCAAGGGCUUCUUUCCAGAGAGGCAUCAGGGCCUGCAACAUUCUUUGUUUCACGGAAACAUGGCUCUCUCGGGAUAUUCUGUCAAAAUCGGUCCAGCCAGAUGGGUUCUCAGUUCAUCGCGCAGACAGAAAUAAAUAUCUCUCCGGGAAGCAGAAGGGCGAAGGUGUGUGUUUCAUGAUUAACGACUCAUGGUGUAAUUGUGGUAACAUACAGGAACUCAAGUCCUUUUGUUCACUCAACCUAGAAUACUUCACAAUCAAAUGCCGACCGUAUUAUCUCCCAAGAUAAUUUUCCUCGGUUAUAGCCACGGCCGUUUAUAUCCCCCCUCAAGCCGAUACCAUGACGGCCCUCAAAGAACUUCACUGGACUUUAUGCAAACUGGAAACCACAUAUCCUGAGGCUGCAUUUAUUGUAGCUGGGGAUUUUAACAAAGCAAAUUUGAGAACUAGGCUGUCGAAGUUCUAUCAACAUAUUGACUGUUGUACACGCGCUGCUAAAACACUUGACCAUUGCUAUUCGAACUUCCAGGAUGCUUACAAGCCUCCCCCGCUCUCCUUUCGGCAAAUCUGACCAUGACUCCAUUUUGCUCCUCCCUUCCUAUAGGCAGAAACUCAAACAGGAAGUACACAUGCUAGGGACUAUUCAACGCUGGUCUGACCAAUCGGUAUUCACGCUUCAAGACUGUUUUUAUCACACGGACUGGGAUAUGUUCUGGGUAGCUUGCGAAAAUAAUUCAGACGAAUACACUUCCUUUAUCAGGAAGUGUAUAGGAGAUGUUGUGCCCACUGUGACUAUUAAAACCUACCCUAACCAGAAACCGUGGAUAGAUGGCAGCAUUCACGCAAAACUGAAAGCGCGAACCACCGCAUUUAACCAUGGCAAGGUGACUGGGAAUAUGGAAGAAUACAAACAGUGUAGCUAUUUACUUCGCAAGGCAAUCAAACAGGCAAAACGUCAGUAUAGAGACAAAGUGGAGUCGAAAUUCAACGGCUCAGUCAUGAGAUGUAUGUGGCAGGGUCUACAGACAAUCACGGACUACAAAAGGAAAACCAGCCACGUCGCCGACACGAUAUCUUGCUUCAGGACAAGCUAAACACCGUCUUCGCUCGCUUUGAGGAUAGCACAGUGCCACCAACGUGGCCCACUAGAAAGGAUUGUUGGGCUUUCCUUCUCCGUGGCCGACGUGAGUAAGACAUUUAAGCGUGUUAACCCUCACAAGGCUGCCGGCCCAGAUGGCAUCCCUAGCCGCAUCCUCCGAGCAUGCGCAGACCAGCUGGCUGGUGUGUUUACGGACAUAUUCAAUCUCUCCCUAUCCCAGUCUGCUGUCCCCACAUGCUUCAAGAUGACCACCAUUGUUCCUGUACCCAAGAAAGCAAAGGUAACUGAACUAAAUGACUAUCACCCCGUAGCACUCACCUCUGUCAUCAUAAUAAUAAUAAUAAUAAUAAUAAUAAUAAUAAUCAUGAAGUGCUUUGAAAAACUAGUCAAGGAUCAUAUCACUUCUACCUUACCUGUCACCCUAGACCCACUUCAAUUUGCUUACUGCACCAAUAGGUCCACAGAUUAUGCAAUUUCCAUCACACUGCACAUUGCCCUAUCCCAUCUGGACAAGAUGAAUACCUAUGUAAGAAUGCUGUUCAUUGACUAUAGCUCAGCAUUCAACACCAUAGUACCCUCCAAGCUCAUCAUUAAGCUUGAGGCCCUGGGUCUGAACCCCGCCCUGUGCAACUGGUUUCUGGACUUCCUGACGGGCCACCCCCAGGUGGUGAAGGUAGGCUUUGCACCUAAAACCCUCACAAACUUUUACAGAUGCACAAUUGAGAGCAUCCUGUCGGGUUGUAUCACGGCCUGGUACGACAACUGCAGGGCUCUCCAGAGGGUGGUGCAGUCUGCCCAACGCAUUACCGGGGACAAACUACCCGCCCUCCAGGACACCUACAGCACCCGAUGUUACAGGAAGGCCAAAAAGAUAAUCAAGGACAUCAACCACCCGAGCCACUGCCUGUUCACCCCACUAUCAUCCAGAAGGUGAGGUCAGUACAGGUGCAUCAAAGCUGGGACCGAGAGACUGAAAAACCGCUUCUAUCUCAAGGACAUCAGACUGUUAAAUAGCCAUCACUAGCACAUUCGAGGCUGCUGCCUAUAGACAUAGACUAGAAAUCACUGGCCACUUUAAGAAAUGUAACACUAGUCACUUUAAUGUUUACAUAUCUUGCAUUACUCAUCUCAUAUGUAUAUACUGUAUUCUAUAAUAUUCUACUGUAUCUUAGUCCAUGCCACUCUGUCAUUGCUCGUCCACAUAAGUAUAUAUUCUUAAUUCCAUUCCUUACUUAGAUUUGUGUGUAUUGGGUAUAUGUUGUGAAAUUGUUAGAUAUUCCUUGUUAGAUAUUACUGCACUGUCAGAGCUAGAAGCACAAGCAUUUCGAUACCCCCACAAUAACAUCUGCUAAAUACGUUUAUAUGACAAAUACAAUUUGAUUUGAUUUGGAAAGGCGCACACCUGUCUAUAUAAAGUCCCACAGUUGACAAUGCAUGUCAGAGCAAAACCCAAGCCAUGAGGUCGAAUGAAUUGUCAAUAGAGCUCCGGGACAGGAUUGUGUCGAGGCACAGAUCUGGGGAAGGGUACCAAAAAAUGUAUGUAUCAUUGAAGGUCCCCAAGAACACAGUGGCCUCCAUCAUUCUUAAAUGGAAGAAAUUUGGUCCACCAAGAGUCUUCCUCGAGCUGGCCGCCCGGCCAAACUGAGCAACCGGGGGAGAAGGGCCUUGGUCAGGGAGGUGACCAAGAAACCGAUGGUCACUCUGACAGAGCUCCAGAGUUCCUCUGUGGAGAUGGGAGAACCUUCCAGAAGGACAACCAUCUCUGCAGCACUCCACCAAUCAAGUCUUUAUGGUAGAGUGGCUAGACGGAUGCCACUCCUCAGUAAAAGGCACAUGACAGCCCGCUUGAAGUUUGCCAAAAUGCACCUAAAGACUCUCAGACCAUGAGAAACAAGAUUCUCUGGUCUGAUGAAACCAAGAUUGAACUCUUUGGCCUGAAUGCCAAGCGUCACGUCUGGAGGAAACCUGCCACCAUCCCUACGGUGAAGCAUGGUGGUGGCAGCAUCAUGCUGUGGGAUGUUUUCAGCGGCAAGGACUGGUAGACUAGUCAGGAUCGAGGGAAAGAUGAACGGAGCAAAGUACAGAGAGAUCCUUGAUGAAAACCUGCUCCAGAGCGCUCAGGACCUCAAACUGGGGCCAAGGUUCACCUUCCAACAGGACAACAACCCUAAGCACACAGCCAAUACAAUGCAGGAGUGGCUUCAGGACAAGUCUCUGAAUGUCCUUGAGUGGCCCAGCCAGAGCCUGGACUUGAACCCGAUUGAACAUCUCUUGAGCGAUGCUCCCAUCCAACCUGACAGAGCUUGAGAGGAUCUGCAGAGAAGAACGGGAGAAACUCCCCAAAUACAGUUGUGCCAAGCUUGUAGCGUCAUACCCAGUAAGACUCGAGGCUGUAAUCGCUGCCAAAGGUGCUUCAACAAAGUACUGAGUAAAGGGUCUGAGUACUUAUGUAAAUGUAAUAUUUCCAUUUUUAUUAUUUGAUAAAUUAGCAAACAUUUAUACAAACCAGUUUUUGCUUUGUCAUUAUGGGGUAUUGUGUGUAGAUUGAUGAGGAAAAAAAUCAAUUUAAUCAAUUUUAGAAUAAGGCAGUAAAGUAACAACGUGGAAAAAGUCAAGGGGUCUGAAUACUUGAAUAGCUCCCCUGUAGCUCAGUUGGUAGAGCAUGGCGCUUGCAACGCCAGGGUUUUGGGUUCGUUUCCCACGGGGGGCCAGUAUGAAAAAUGUAUGCACUCACUAACUGUAAGUCGCUCUGGAUAAGAGCAUCUGCUAAAUGACUAAAAUUUAAAAUGUAUAUGGCCAUUUCCAAGGCUUCAUGUCCUGUUGGGACUGCAGUUACCAUUCCUGCCUUUGGGAGUACAGACCUGCUGGUUCAUGUGGUUCAUUCUCUGCCAGGGCGAUAUUUUGGGUAUGUCAGUGAAGCUCAGAAACAUCUGCUUUUCUACUUCACCUGUCUUUCUCUGUCUCUCUGUCUCCCUCUCUCUCUCUCUUGCUGUACCACCCCCCCCCCCCCAGGUACAACAUGGAUGCAGGAGAUUGUUCCCCUGGUACAGAAUGGAGGGGACCUGACCCCGGUGCUGACCAUCCCAAACUGGGACAGGGUUCCUUGGCUAGAGGAGCACAGAGCCUGUGUCCUCAAUCUGGAGCAGAGGGCAUCACCACGCCAGUUUGCUACCCACUUCCACUACAACAUGAUGCCCGUCUCCUUCUUCACUGUCAAGCCUAAGGUAGUGCACUGUAGAUAUGUGUAGAUCAGCUCCUGUAGUGGAGGUGGUUUGGUGAACUAAGCUUGCUUUAGCUUUAGGCUUUAACACAAUGGGCUAACACGAUCAUGGGUCGCAUGGAUGACCUUGGUUCAAUACCCAGUUGAUCAUAUUUCUCAUAAUGUCAAGAGAAUGUAGUCUGUCACUACACUACAUCGAAUGUUACAAUUCCAUGGCUGAUUGCACACAUUGUGCACUAUUAGAAUAAUAAACAAUGGCCUUGGGUAAUGAAUGGUUGAUCAGAGCGAUUCCUCAUCUCCAGGUCAUCUAUGUGAUCAGAAACCCUAAAGAUGUGUUCACAUCUUCCUAUCACUACUACGGCAUGGCCUCCUACCUGGUCAAACCUGGCACUCAAGACCAAUUCCUGCAGAAGUUCAUCAAUGGAAAAGGUUUAGUAUUCUAUUAUUUCUGAUUUCCCAACUAUUACAGACAUUUUAAUCAUUUCAGUUUCAUACUUUUAGAAUCUCUAUGUCCCGGUUAGUUGUUAAUCAGAAAAGGCUUAGUGAUCUAUGCCUUUUUGAUUGACGGAUUUAUUUGGGUCCCCGUGACCUACUCUACUGUAUAAAACAGACUUGGCUAUAGAAUCUAUGGGCUCAAAUAUCCAAUAUGAAAGAACAGGAGCAAUUUAGCAAAAGAGCAAUGUUCAAGGCUAGCAUAUUUAUUACCCUGGAAUUAUCAUUAACAAUUGUAGUCCCCUGUAGCUCAGUUGGUAGAGCAUGGCGCUUGCAACGCCAGGGUUGUGGGUUCGUUUCCCACGGGGGCCAGUAUGAAAAUGUAUGCACUCACUAACUGUAAGUCGCUCUGGAUAAGAGCGUCUGCUAAAUGACUAAAAUGUAAAUGUAAAAAAAUGAUGUACUGUUUAGUCUCCUUCCUUUGAAUAAUUGAUGCUACCUCUGUUAUUCACAAUUCAUUCACUUAUCUUCUGGCCUAUAGAGUAUUGAUAGAGCAUUUGAAGUUCUCUUUUAUUGUAAUAGCUUUGAUGACGGGUUUGUGGUUGUCUCUCCCCCCCCACCCCCCCAGUGAUGUUUGGUUCGUGGUUUGACCACGUGAAGGGCUGGUUGAAUGCUAAGGACCAGGACCGCACCAUGUACAUCUCCUACGAAGAGAUGAUAUUCGUGAGUAUAGUAUGCUCAGUCAAUACCCUACCAAAAUCACUUACACUUGAACAUGAUGAUUGCAUAUGAUAACAUCUCUUCCUUUAUACAGAGUUAGAGAGGAGUGUGUUUGUGAUGUUAGGGAUGGAUAGACCACCAUGUUUUUACCCCCACAAUUUUUUUUAUCUACAGUGGUGACUCCCAACAAAACUUAGUCAAAUUCAGUCAAGAACACAUAUGGAGAUUUUCAUUGUAGUGUUCAUGUCCCCCAGGAUCUGAAGGAUUCUGUGUCAAAGAUCUCCCAAUUCAUGGGGAAGUCUCUGGACUCUGAGGUAAUAGAGAAGAUAGCAGACCAGUGUGUGUUCAAGAACAUGAAACAGAACAAGAUGUCCAACUACUCCCUGGUGCCGAAUGAGUUCAUGGACCAGAAUAAAUCAGAGUUCCUUAGGAAAGGU